GAACACUCACUUCAAACUUCACAUGGGAAGCCAUCAUGUCACCUGGACGUGAACGCCACCUGGUGACAGAAACAUGACGUCAACCACAGGUCCAGGUGUCUCCAGGAGUCUCCAGGUGUCUCUCCAUACUUUUCGUUAUGAUACAUUUAUUUAUUUACAUUUAAUGACCUCUCAGGGACCACACUUGGGGCCUCUCUGGUUUUGACAUGUGUCUGAUGUGUGAUGCAACUGAACCUGGUUCUGAGGAGCUCAUUUGUUUUUAACGCCAAUGUUGAUUUGAUUUGGAAAUGAGGUCAAACAUAAACACACACAGUCUACAGAUCUACAGUUGGACAUUGUUGGCUUCCUCUCCUUCGUCACAUGAUCUCGCACAUCAUGCCUGUGGUGGGUGUGGUUUGUUUCAGUAUGACAUGUAGCCGUUGAUCUGACAUGAGUCAGUGAUCAAACAUUUUCCCUUCACUGCACCAUGGAAACCCGCAGAAACCGCAGAAGAGUGAAGGAGCAUUUCCUGAGGGGCCGACACGCGAAGCUGGAGGAUUUACAGAAGGAAGCUCGAGGUUUGGAGAACCAAUAUCUCUACAAUAAAUACAUCCCGCCGUAUCCACGACCAGAGAUCCAUGUUUCUCAUCUAAAACACGACACAGACCGGGGUGGACUGGAAGGGAUCCACAGGGAUGGUGGUUUCAGGAGCAAGGACUCUCUGCUGUGGUGGAGUCUGGCUGUGAAACCUGAGGACAUCACGUCCGCUGAGACCAGACUCCUGGAGAAGACCUACCCAGACCGGACAGAAGAUCAGCGCCGGAGUCAACAAAGCUUCCUGGGGAGGUUUGCCACCUCACCGGCCUUCCUGGAGACGUCCAGACUGGGCUCAUACCGCUUCACCUUCCCUGUGGAGGAGGUACUGGAGGCCUACAGCCAACAGUUCUGCUAUGGCGCUCAACCAGUCUUCCAGGUUUACGAGACCGUCCUGUACAAACAGGAAGUGAUGUACGUCAUUCUGGUUGACACGCCGGAGAGGAGGGGGCUCCCUCUGCUGUCCGACAACCCCAACGCUGUGUGUGCUUACAGAGACGGUCGGUUCAUCUGGAGGCCUGAGGCCAUGAGUGAAAAACACCGUCGACAUGUUGAUGUCUCUGUCAGGUUCGAGUUGGUCCAGAAACCAGAAGAAAAACAGAUGGAGGCCGGAGAAGUUUCUUUCUGCCAACAGUCGUAUGUGUGGGAUCACGUCACCAUCGCCCUGUCUGUGCCCAGUGGAGAGGUCCUGAAGUUUGACACCGACAAACUCAGAGGGAACCUGAAGUACUGCAGUCCUGGAGCGCCUCGCCUGGCAGAGUUUGAGGAUUUCGAAAUGGCAGAUGACCUUGUCGAGUCCCUGUGGCCGAACUUUCCCAGAACGCUGAAGGAAGAGCGCUCCCUGCAGGAGCAGCGAUGAGUGAUUUUAUUGUGUCGUUUGACUGAUUGAUGUCUUGUGAGGUAGAAAUUUCAUGUAGGACAUUUUACACAUUCUGUGAAUUACUUUUACAAUUUAUUAUUGUGUCAUAAAAUUAUUGGUGUUGCUUCAUGGUAAAGGUACGAGUCGCUGUUUUCUCACUUCCUGUUGUCAUAAUUUGGCUUUAUGUGUGUGUGUGUUCUUUUAUUAGUCGCCUCUUUGGUUCUUUUCUGUCAUAAACACUCACAGUGUCAGGACCAGUUGUCCUCAUAGAGACCAAAACCUGGUCCCAAUGAGGCAGAAAUGUUGUUUUGUUUUUAUUUUGGGGAAAAACACUUUGUGGAUAUGAAACAUGUAACUACAAAUAAUAAA